AGCCGUCCUACCCGAAGUCUCAUUGGGUACCGCACGAGGGGAAGGGGCGGUGCUGCCAUGACAGAAAGAAAGAAAAGUGAAAGCCUAGCUCGUCUAAAAGGUACUACUGCGAAGACUUAACUGUGGCUCCAUCCGGCUUGGAAAGCUAAACCAUAUGAAGGUUGGCAAUCAGGACUCAAGACUAUCUAGAAUCUGGAGGGAUGGAAGAACUGGCUGUCGUGGACCUCUUGAGAUCUAUUACUUGUCUUCGGUUUUACCCUUAGAGAGGGAAAGACAUUCAAAUCACCAUUUCCUUUGACCGACUGUGAAACAAGAGGCCCAGAGGCGAGAAUGGACUUGCCCAAGGUCACACAGCUGAGAAAUAAAGCCGAAGAUGGCAGGAGGAAUGAUCUAACUUUCCACUCCCAAGCCCAACGCUUUUAUCACCACACCUUUCAUGGAGGUGAAAAUCCUGCCCCUUGUGCUCUUUAUUACUUAAUGGAGUUUCUAGGUCGUAGCAGAGAGAAUGGAAGUAUUAUAGAAACUGGGCUUUCCCCCCCCUUUAAGUAAUAUUAGCAGUUAAGGACCGUAAUGCGGAGUGAGAUGUGCCCCAUAGAUCCUAUAAGCCCUGCUGUUUUACAAAGUAAAAACUUAGCUCCAGAGAUGGCAAGCAAUUUGGCCAAGUCACAGUUGGGUUAAACUCCCAAGUCUCUUACCUUCCUCCGCCACCAUCACUCUUCAGAUCCCGAACUUUGCGGGAAGAUAUGCUGGCUGGAAACCCUGGACUUACAGAGUCAAAGACCGUUCAGGUACCCUGUUCAACAUCUGACUUCAACUAGAAUUAAGAUUUUUAAAAGAAUGGCCUCUAAACAGAAAGCCAAGCGUGGGAACUAGUUAGCACAGGUCAAGUUCCUACCCGGACUCAUUUUUUUUCAGUAAUCAGGAAGUAGGGGGCUGUCUAAAUCCACUUGCCGGAAGUGUCUUCCAUGAGUCGCUGUUCUUGCGACUUUGCUUUCCACCUUCCCGGGCGACUGUGGCAACACCAUGCUUCUGAUUCAGUCCAUCCACUUGGCUGUAAAAAUAAGUUAAUCAGAACUGCCUGGCAUCUUCCUGAACAAGACUUUCAACAGUGCCCAGUAUGUUUCACUUCAUCCAGAAGUUUUCUCCAGCAUCUUCAAAGAGGCUAAAGUACCUUUUCCCGAGGGGACUAGGAGCCAUCAGGAAAACAGAUACACUCUCUCUGAAGACAUCUCUCCAGCAGAACUUUUCCCCUUGGUUUCCAAGGCCUUGCCUUUUGUCAUCCUUUCCAGUGUGUAUGAGCAAGACACAAUGCUAUCAUACAUCCCCAUGCAGCUUUAAGAAGAAGGAGAAGCAAGCAGUACUUCCAGCCAGGCCACCAAGCACCAUCACUUACCUGCCUGACAGCCCAAAGCCAGCAUUAUAUGUAACUUUGGCAGGAGUAAUCCCCUUCAUUGCUCCACCACUGUUUAUGCUGAUGACAAAGACUUAUAUCCCUGUAUUAGCUUUUAUGCAGAUGGCUUAUGGAGCCAGUUUCCUAUCUUUCUUGGGAGGGGUCAGAUGGGGUUUUGCUCUGCCAGAAGGUAGUCCAGCCAAACCAGACUAUCUUAAUUUAGCUAAUAGUACAACUCCUCUUGUGUUUUCAUGGUUUGCCUUCCUUAUUUCUGAAAGACUCAGUGAAGCCAUAGUCAUGGUAGUAAUAGGUUUGGGGAUAGCAUUACACCUUGAACUUUUUCUCUUGCCACAUUAUCCCAACUGGUUCAAAGCCCUGAGGAUAGUAGUCACUUUAUUGGCCUUUUUUUCAUUUGUAAUCACCUUAGUAGUUAAAAAUAUUUAUCCAGAGAAAGGACCUAAGAGACCUGGUCAAGUAGAAUAAAUAUCAAACUACAUUGUAGAUAAUGUUAGUAUGCUGGCUGUAAGCCUCAUAAGGUUUUAUUUUGUCAUCACCUUUUCCUACUCCUGUUUGGCUCUUUUUUCCCCCACCAAUAGCAAUUUGUUCUUCACAGAUUGUUUUUCAUUUCUAGAAAUCAUUAUUCCAUAGUAAGUACUAAGCAAGAGUUUGAAAAUUCCUGACAAGUGCUUUUCAUUUCAUAUUAAGUUAGUUUUCAUUCAGACUUUUUAUAGUCACCCACUUAAACAUUUCAAUAUUUUAAUUGUCUUGAAAAUAUAAAAUAAACAAAGAUGAAAAAUCCCCUUUGUUAGAGUCUUAUGAUCAUUAAAAAGAACACACACAUUCUCCCUCUUCAAGAGGAAAACCUCAUAUCCAUGAGUAUCUGAAAAUAAAAGGUGGUUCCAGUGUGGAGUUUUCACAGCAGUUGUCCCUGGGAAAUGCACAUCCAAGCUUUUUUUACCUGAUAUAACCCAGUUAUAUGAGCUGAAAGGAUUGAUGGCUCUAAGUCAGAAGGGAGCAGUGUCCUGAGGGAAAGCUAUGUUUGAAAAAAUGUUGGACACAUUUUCCAGUUUUUAAUCAGGAUAUUUGGCAUGGUAUAAAUGCAACUUAUUUUCUUAUCACCAAAUGUAAAUCAGCUGGUCAAAAAUAUUUAAAACAAAAAAGCCACUAGUACAUAUAAAUUAGAAAGGAAAAGUCAAACUGGAGCUAUCUAUCUUGAUCUUCUAAUGAGCAGGUCUAUCUAGAGAAGCUUUAAAACAGCAAAAACAACAUCUUGGAUUUUAUUUAGAAAACCUAGUCUAUUGAAAUUCCUACCCUCACAAAAAAGGGAAAACAUUUAAAAUGGUAUAAGAAUAUAAAUCAGGAUAUGUUAUCACUUACAAUGUGUUAUCUUUGUAUAAUAUAUUCAAAAAUUAGUUAACUCAAAUUUCCUAAGUAAAUUAGAUACAUGUAAUUUCUAGUGAUUUUUGCUGUAGUAACUUGCUUACCUUCUUACACACCUGUUACAGGUUGAAUUGUGUGUUGAAGGUCCUAAUCCCAAAUACCUCAGAGUGACCUUAUUUGGAGAUAGGGCCUUUAUAGAGGUAAUAAGGUUAAUAUGAGGUGAUGGGGUGGGCUCCAAUCCAAUAUGACUUGUGUUCUUAUAAAAAGAUUUGGAGAUAGCCACACAUACAGGGAAUGUCAUGGGAGUGUGAAGAUAGCCAUCUACAAGCUAAGGAGAGAGGCAUAAAACAAAUUCUUCCCUCACAGCCCGUAGAAGGAACAAAGCCUGCCAACACCUGAAUUUCGUAUUUCUAGCCUCCAGAACUAUCAGACAAUAAAUUUCUGUUGUUUGUGUGG